GAGCGUGAGGCGGGGCGGCCGCGCGGAGACUGAGUGUCUGGUCGCAGUGAGACGGAAGAGAACCUUUACCAGGAAGGAUGGAGUUGGGCAAAGGAACGCUGCCCAGGACGGGACUGAAUGCGUUACAUCAAGCCGUCCACCCCAUUCAUGGCCUUGCCUGGACAGAUGGACAUCAGGUGGUCCUGACCGAUUUGCAGCUUCACGGGGGAGAGGUCAAGUUCGGGAGCUCAAAGCCUAUUAGACAGUUUGAGCACGUGGCGGGGGUGUCCUGGGCCCCCUGGGCUGUGGCCGACACCUCCACGCUGCUCGCCGUUCAGCACCAGAAGCACGUGACAGUGUGGCAUCUGAGUCCCCACCCGGCCCCGGCGGAGAAGAGCAAGUGGCGGAUGUCGCAGUCCUGUGAGAUCAGAACCUCCGUGCCCGUCCUGCCCCAGGGCUGCGUGUGGCACCCGCACUGUGCCGUCCUCACAGUGCUCACGGCACAGGACGUCUCGGUGUUCUAUAACGUUCACCGUUAUAGCACCCGGGUCCGAGCGGACAUCAGCGCCCCGGGCCUCAUUCACUGUGCGUGCUGGACCCAGGACGGCUGUAGGCUGGUGGUGGCAGUAGGCAACAGUCUGCACUCGUACAUUUGGGACAACGCUCAGAAGACUCUGAACCCCUGCUCCUUCUCCCCCGUGGUGGACGUGGACAGCUCCGUAUGCUGCAUCAGGGCUACCGUGGACACGCAGGUUGUCUUAGCCACCGAGCUGCCCCUAGGUAAGAUCUGUGGCUUACACGCAUCUCAGUCCUUGGGCGUCCAGUCCGGCGGUGACGACACUGGCCCCUCUGCCCUGCCGGUGAGUGAGGGAGCAUCUUCUGAGAGGGUGGGGGCAGAUGAUUCGGGAACAAAGCCUGAAACGUUCCUGACUCCUGGGUCUUCCUUCUCGGAGCCUGUGGACCUGACUCAUAUACGUUUCAAACCGUCUCAGUCGGAAGGAAGUUCUCUUAUCUUUCUGAAAGAAAAGGACUGUGUGACAGGAACCGGUCUGGAUUCUUCGCAUUUGGUCCUGGUGACAUUCAAGAAGGAUGUGACGAGAACCAGAAAAGUUACUGUCCCAGGCAUUCUGGUACCUGAUCUAAUUGCGUUUAAUCUUACAGCCCACCUUGUGGCAGUGGCUUCGAAUACUUACAAUAUGAUUUUCAUCUAUUCUGUCAUUCCAUCCUUUAUGCCAAAUAUCCAGAAGAUUCAACUGGAGAGUGGUGAAAGACCCAAAGGCAUAUGUUUCUUGACAGAUAAAUUGUUAUUAAUUUUGGUAGGAAAGCCAAAUGCCACUGAUUCCACUUUCAUUCCUUCUUCGAAGUCUGAUCAGUAUGUCUUCCGUUUGAUUGUUCGAGAAGUCACGCUGGAAGAAUUUUCAGAUGCCCUGAGUGAACGCCAGAACACUUCUAAUGUGCUUUUAGAGACAGCAGAUGGAAGGAAGCCAAGUCAGCCUCCAGAUUUUUGUCACCAAAAUAGAGAGCUCUUACUAACAGCUGAUCUGAGCAGAAAGCCUGGAAGGACCCUCAUUAAAGAAAUCAAGAGUCCCCCAGCUGGCAUCUGCGACUACUCCAGCACCCUAGAAAUCCUGGAUGCUAACCCUAAUAACCACUCAGGAGCUCUCCCCAGGGCCACCAGCACGCCAGACCCCGUCAGCCCUCCAGAGCCACCCGAUCUGCUUCCAGAAAAGACUGUGCAGGACUUUUGGCAGCUCUCCAAGGAGCUGGAUGUCGUGUCUUGGAAGCUGACCCAUGUACAGCAAUGCCUUUCUGAACUCACGGGUUCUUUGCUUAACAGAAAGCGAUCCUCUCCCGUGUACCCGCGCUCUCAGGAUCUGCCAUACGUUCACGUCACUUACCAGAACCCUCACCGUGCAGGCUGCGCCCCCGAGAAGAGAACCGUGGUGCUUUGCAGGGGCAAGUUGCGACUCAGCACCGUCCAGCAGGCCUUCGGCCUCGACCUCAUCGAAAUGCUGCAAGACUCCCACUGGAUCCUUCUCUCUGCUGAUACCGAAGGCUUCAUCCCCAUCACCUUCACAGCCAUGCAGGAAAUAAUCAUCAGAGACGGCAGCCUCCAGGCCAGGGGAGCUCAAGGACACUCUGUCUCCGAGUCGUGACUCCAGUCAUU